AUGAAGGUAGGUGAAGACGAAAAGUUUCGUUACAGCCAGUCACAACCCGUGAAUGGGAAACAGGAGAAGGCAUCGUCGCCAAACAAGGAUUUCCAGAAAGCAGUUCUAUUUAGCAGGGAAUGUCCACGUAAUAAGACAUCGUUUUACAAUUGCGGUAAAGAGGGUCAUAAUGCAGUUAACUGUAAGGCAGGAAUUAAAUCUCCUAAAUCGGAACGAAGCAGUGGCAAUAAUAUGACGGAUGAAGGAGAAAUCGUAAAAUCGAAGAAGCGUAGUAGAUUGAUUUUUAAGGAUGUAAGUUUCAACGGAAAAUCUGCGUCGGUAUUAAUCGACACAGGUAGCGACUUAUGUAUUAUAUGUUACGAUACGUUAAACAUACCUAGUGUGGAUGUUGACUUAAGUAGUGGAGAGCGACAGUUGAUGGGUAUCGGUACCAUCAAACUUACAACAAUAGGUAGCUUUACCACAUCCAUCGAGAUAGACAACAUAAAGUUGGAAGUAAAAUUUCACGUAGCAGAUGAUACCCCAGUAUAUGAAAUUCCCAGACGGAUGUCAUAUACCGAUAGACAAGAAGUGGAUGAACAAGUUAAAGAGUGGUUGAAGGAUGGCAUCAUUAAUUAUGCGUCACCAGUGGUGUUAGUUUCGAAGACAGAUGGAAAGAAACGUUUGUGUUGCGAUCAUCGGCGAUUAAACUCAAAGAUAGUUCGCGAUAAGUUCCCGAAGCCAAAUAUCGACACUGUUAUCGAAAUGUUACAGGGUGCUAAUGUUUUUACGACACUAGAUCUUAGGAAUUAA